GGCGCCGGCAGCUGGGGGGAGGAUGGUGGUGCGGGAGCGAUGGAGCUGAAGCGGAGCAUGGCGAUCCCGCGGCUCCUCUUGCUGGGACUGUGGGCUGCGGCGCUCCGGGACGUCGCCGCCGUGGCAGGUAUGAAAUUUACAGGAUCUCCAAUCAAAUUAAAGGUGUCCCAGGGUCAACCCGUGAAACUAAAUUGCAGCCUCGAGGGAAUGGAAGAUCCCGAGAUGUUGUGGAUCAAGGACGGAGCAGUGGUGCAAAGCGUAGACCAGGUGUACAUUCCAGUAGAUGAAGAACACUGGAUCGGCUUCCUCAGCUUGAAAUCCGUCGAGCGGACAGAUUCUGGGAAGUACUGGUGCCAGGUUGAGAACGGGGGGAAGAAGGAAGAAUCACAGCAAGUGUGGCUCAUAGUGGAAGGUGUGCCCUACUUUACUGUGGAACCUGAGGAUGUGUCCGUGUCCCCUAAUGCCCCAUUUCAUAUGGCCUGUGCUGCUGUUGGUCCCCCUGAACCAGUGACAAUUGUCUGGUGGAUGGGAGACUCUAGAGUGGGGCUUCCAGACAUCUCCCCCUCCAUCUUAAAUGUGUCAGGUAUUAAUCAAAGCACAGUUUUCUCCUGCGAAGCUCACAACGUAAAAGGAUUGUCUUCGUCUCGGACAGCCACUGUUCAAAUUAAAGCCAUGCCUCUCCCGCCUCUCAAUGUAACUGUAAGCCAAGUCACCAGCAGCAAUGCCAGCGUGGUCUGGGUGCCAGGAUUUGAUGGCCGCGCACCCCUCCAUUCUUGCACUCUUCAGGUAGCUGAGUCACCAGGCGGCCAGGAGGUCUCCACUGAAGUCACCCCGGUGCCACCCUUUGCCUACGGUAUGCAAGGCCUGAAGCAUUCCACCAACUACAGCGUUCGUGUGCAGUGCAGCAAUGAGAUGGGCAGCUCCCCUUUCACCGACAGGGUUUAUUUCCAGACCUUGGAGCUUGCUCCAAGCAGCACCCCACAAAAUAUCCAUGUUAUCCAAAGAGAUCCUGGUCUGAUUUUGGAGUGGGAAGGUGUGGCUCCAGAUGUGCUGAAAGAAAAUGUCCUGGGAUACAGGCUGGAGUGGAUUCAGGAUAAUGUAACUCAGGGGGAGAUGAUCGUACAGGAUACAAAAGCUAAUCUCACAACGUGGAAUCCUCUCAAAGACCUGAUCAUCAGGGUGUGUGUGCUGAACUCGGCAGGAUGCGGGCCCUGGAGUGACCUCUUCCUGCUUGAGGCCCAAGAGGUCAUGGGUGGCCAGAGACAACCUCCUUAUGGGACGUCUUGGGUUCCUGUGGCAUUAGGCAUUCUCACAGCUCUGGUCACGGCUGUUGCCUUGGCUCUUAUUCUCCUUCGAAAAAGAAGAAAGGAAACUCGGUUUGGCCAUGCCUUUGGCAGUGUGGUUGGCAGAGGGGAUCCAGCAGUCCAUUUCAGAGCUGCCAGGUCUUUCAACAGGGAGGGCCCCGAGCUCAUUGAAGCAACUUUGGAGAGUGUAGGGAUCAGUGACGAGCUGAAGACAAAACUCAAAGAUGUCUUAAUACAGGAACAGCAGUUCACCUUGGGAAGAAUGUUGGGCAAGGGGGAGUUUGGGUCAGUUCGAGAGGCAUUACUGAAGCUAGAUGAUGGCUCUUUCCAGAAAGUGGCAGUGAAGAUGCUGAAAGCGGAUAUCUUUACCUCAACUGACAUUGAGGAGUUCCUGCGAGAGGCUGCUUGUAUGAAGGAGUUUGACCACCCACAUGUCACUAAACUGAUUGGAGUCAGUCUACGGAGCCGUCCGAAGGGCCGUCUCCCAAUUCCCAUGGUGAUCCUGCCCUUCAUGAAGCAUGGAGACCUUCAUGCUUUUCUGCUGAUGUCACGAAUUGGGGAAAACCCUUUUAAUUUGCCUGUUCAGACACUCCUCAAGUUCAUGAUUGACAUUGCCAGUGGGAUGGAGUACUUGAGCUCAAAAAAUUUCAUACACAGGGACCUUGCAGCUCGGAACUGCAUGUUGGAUGAGAACAUGAACGUGAGUGUUGCAGACUUUGGGCUUUCUAAGAAAAUCUACAGUGGAGACUACUACCGUCAGGGCUGUGCCUCCAAGCUGCCAGUGAAGUGGCUUGCUCUGGAAAGUCUGGCAGAUAAUCUGUACACAACACACAGUGAUGUGUGGGCGUUUGGAGUGACCAUGUGGGAGAUUGUGACCCGAGGGCAAACCCCUUAUGCCGGUAUUGAGAAUGCAGAAAUCUACAACUACCUCAUCAGCGGGAACAGGCUGAAGCAGCCGCCAGAGUGCCUGGAAGAUGUCUAUGAUCUCAUGUGCAGAUGUUGGCAUCCUGAGCCCAAGCUACGCCCCAGCUUCGGAGUGCUCCGGUCCCAGCUGGAAAUGAUUCGUGGGAGGAUGUCCACACUCUCUUCCAGUCAAGAUCCUCUCUAUGUCAACAUUGGGAAGGACAAAGAGGCGUCUGCGAGUGACGCUGGCCUGCACGCCUCCUUUGGAAACACGGACGGUGAAGAGACCAUUGCUGGGGCGGCUGCUGCUGUCACAAGUGACUAUCGGUACAUCAUGAGCCCCUUGUGCCUUGGAGAUGAUGCCGAGGGUGAAAGGCAUCCAGAUGGGCAGGAAGGGGAGGACAAAAGCCUUCUGUAUGAGCUGGAGACAGAAGGAGAGAAAAGUUGUUAGCCUGUACAUAGCAGUGACACUCUGCUUCCCUGGGACGGGAUAUGUGCAGCCGCAGUGCCGUGUCACCUGGGGCUCUGAUGCCGGAUCUGGAAUGGCUUUGAACAGCACUGGCCAGAGCUCUUGGGCAGCUUUUUCAGCUUUCACCACCUGUGUGGGCUGCAGUGGCAGACGGCUUGGAAGGACCACAACCCCAGCAUCCCCUUGGAUUUGGGGAGGGGGGGAAUAGGGUUACAGGUUGAUCGCAUCCCGCUGAAAGGAGUUCAAAGUUAAGGCGGGCUCCUUCUCACUGACUGCUGGAGCAGAGCUGAAUACGCCUUCUGUUCAGUCAGUGCUUGCUCUUGUGUAGAUGUUGUCUUCAAUCCUGGCUGCGUGACUUCGGGACUGGUACCUCUGAAAACACUAGUGGGUAUUUACACUAUCAUUCAGGACAAGAGGGCAAAAUUCCUCUUGUGUUCACUCAGCAGUACUGCCUAGACUUGUUGCCUACCUCAGUGGUUCUCAAACUGAUCUGCAGAUCUGCUUCUACCCAGCACUGAAUUCGAACAUCUGGCUUAUUUCAUGCAGUGACACUUGCUGCUUCCUCAGUCUGAGGCCCUUUUAAGAGUUUCAGAUGUUUUGGUGAGCGAUGAAAUUAGAAAAAAUGAAAAUCCAGCAUCCCUCUUCACCCCACAUACCUCUUUUAUGUCUUUCUUUUUCUUCUGUUUGAUGCCAAUUCAGGCCUGACCAGACUUGCAGCUGGCAUUUAAAUGCGAAGGGAGGGAGAGCAGCUGGCAUGUGUGAGGACAGAAUCCAACUUCAAAGGGAUGGAAAGGAAGCAGUGUAGAGAGGACUUAACAGCAGUAUGGGGAAACAGUGCUAAUUAAUGCUAAGUGCUGCCCUCCAGGAGAGGAAAGAGGCAGCUUAGCUACAGAAUGGCAGACUUGCUUCAGUUUCAGCGGGAGCAGGAAUCAGCAUUUGCUUUAAAACAGGAUUCAUUUAAUCUUUCUCUUUAACAGUCCUAUGACUUUUUCAAAUAACCAAGUGCUGUAGCUGCUGUAGUGAAGGUGUGAAAUCGGUUUUGGGAAGGUGUGUGUGUUGGGGGGAAGGGAUCAACUGGGAGAUCUCUUUCUGAAGAGAGAGUCCUCGUGAUGAAAAAGCUUGAGAACCACUGGCCUUCCUAUUUAGGAGGUCUUCUGGCACGCUGUAAAAGUCACAUCAGAACAUAGACUAGUAUCACUGCAGCCUUCCAGACAGGGCAAAAUUAAUGGUUUUGCUCUUUGGGUUUUGUUUUGUUUUCCAAUCAGCAUGUCUGACUCACUAUAACUGCAAGCGCUUGUGUGGUUUUUAAUAAUUUAAUAUUUUACUGUAAAUCAGCAUUUGUUUUGUGCAGUGGUUCCCAGCAAGGAAGUGCAGUUACAUCUUAUUCUACUUAUCCUAAAUAUUUGCUAGAUCUUAAUUUCUUUUAUUUCCAGUGUGCUGAAAACUCGGCAGUAUCACAAGACUUAGGAUUCCACAUUGUUCUUCCUCAGAAACGAAUACCACAAAUGUCAUCAUUUGCUGAGUUGGCAAAGGUGGGACCAAUAAGUCAAAUGAAAUUGCAGACUUGGUAUCGGAACACUCCACCCUUCAAUGCCCAGUAUUUGCUUAUUGUAAGGUUCGGGGCUAACUACAAAAUUCAGGUCCAGUUUCAGCCCCUAGUGAGAACGCUUCCUAGGGAAGGGGAGUUUUAGUCUGGGGCUUGGGCAUGGAUCCUUUCUGUAAAGUUUCCUACUGAACAGCAAUGUCCUACAGAUGUCUCCAGAAGUUCAGUACAGUUUCUCAGUCACAGAUACAAACUGCUCCAUCCUAUACCCCAGGCAGUACAGGGUUUUCUCUUCAUUUAGCUGGAAUGCUGUAAAUGCAGGUGAGAAGAUAACACCUAACAAACAGUAACAAAAACCUGUGCGGUGCACAUUUGCAGUGAGGGCAGAAAGCUAUGCUCCCUGCAGCUGCCUGGGAAGCGCAGAUGUACAUAUAGAUUCUAACUUUGGGAAGCAUGUCUUUAGUUUUUAUGCAUUUUUUAAUAAUAAAAUAUGUACUGUGUCUGA